AAACUAGAGAAGACACAUCUGAAGAUGCGCACAUGUCCUCCCGCGGAGAACAAGACCACUAAUGCUGUGAAGCCAGCAACAAAUGAUGUGUUCAAACAAGAAUAUGAAAGAUCCUGGUGCUCUGACAGACCAGUAAAAAGAGACGAUGGGAGAAGCAAACAGCACCUCCACCGGAACAUGGACUCUCAUCCACCCAUCGGGGAGCCCCCAUGACCUCAUGCCCAAUUACGACAUCCCCCUGGAUUACCAGGUUCCGGUGGACGAGAUCCCAGACACGACUCAGGGACGAGCGUUCUUCGUGGCUACAAUCGUUAUCGCGGUGGUCCUGGUCUGCAUCAUGCUGGUCUGCGGCAUUGGGAAUUGCCUCUUUAUAGCCUCAUUGGCACGCUACAAAAAACUAAGGAAUCUCACCAAUUUACUCAUCGCCAACUUGGCAAUAUCAGACUUCCUGGUGGCGACUGUAUGCUGUCCCUUUCUGGUGGAUUAUUACGUGGUCAAGCGGCUGUCAUGGGAUCAUGGGAUUGUGCUUUGCGUCUCCAUUAACUACCUUAGGACUGUGUCUCUCUACGUGUCCACCAAUGCCCUGCUAGCCAUCGCGGUGGACAGGUACAUGGCUAUCGUUCAUCCCCUGAAGCCCCGUAUGAAGUAUCAGACAGCGUACUGGAUUAUUUUUGGAGUUUGGAUAAUCCCAGUCCUUAUCGCGGUGCCGUCGGCAUACUUCGCUACAGAGCACGAAUACCCACACAGCACGCUCGGCCACGACAAAAAGAUCUUCUGCGCCCAGAUCUGGUCUGCAGACCAGCAGCUCAUGUAUCGCUCCUACUUCCUCUUCAUCUUCAUCGUGGAGUUCCUGGGGCCCGUGGUCACCAUGUCAGUCUGUUACGCGCGGAUUUCCAGGGAGCUGUGGUUCAAGAGUGUCCCGGGAUUUCCGACGAAGCAGCUGCGUAAACGGCUACGGCGGCGGCGCAGGACGGUGAUGGCACUGAUCGCGGUUCUGGUGGCGUAUGUUAUGUGCUGGGCGCCGUAUUAUAGUUUCACGUUGCUGCGCGACUUCUACCCGGCGCUGAUCACGCGUGGCCGUAACUCGCUGGUCGUUUUCUACAUCAUCGAGUGCAUCGCUAUGAGCAACGGGGUCAUUAACACUCUGUGUUUUGUGAGCGUUAGAAACAAUGUCACAAAGUUCCUCAGAGCCGUCAAACUCGCUAACUGGCGCUCGCUAACGAGGGCGAUUGUUGGCAAGAUGGUCGAAGACGACAUUAGGACUUCAUCCUUGCGAGUGACAGAGGAUGUGGAAUGUACACGAAUAAAGAGAAAUGAUGGAGAAAUAAACUAGGUGAUAAAAAGGCCUCAACAAUGACAUCAUGUGGGUCAAGAAAUGUCCAUAAACAAAUUUUGGAAGGAGCCACAGAGUCAUGAACACAUACGGGAACAAAUAAAUUAAGAAUUAGCCUACUUGUUUUGGAAGCCAGAACAACAGAAUUACCACCGCAAGAGGUUCAGAUCACAUGAUAGACCAAUGAUAUGGUUCAGCCAAGAGUU